UGGGCCCCUGUACCGCCUCCUCACGCUGCUGCCAGGCCCCUAAAUCUGCCAUGGGCCCCCGUACCGCCUCCUCACGCUGCUGCCAGGCCCCAAAUCUGCCAUGGGCCCCCGUACCGCCUCGUCACGCUGCUGCUGGGUCCACAGUGUGUCAUGGGUCCCUGUACCGCCUCCCAUUGCUCCCACUCUGCCAUGUGCCACUUUCAGGUCUCCUCACACUCCUGCUGGUUUCCAUUUUGUCAUAGGUUGCUGGCAGAUUACAGGCCUCCCAUAGGUGCUGCCAGGCCCCAAAUCUGCCAUGGGCCCCCGUACCGCCUCGUCACGCUGCUGCUGGGUCCACAGUGUGUCAUGGGUCCCUGUACCCUCCCAUUGCUCCCACUCUGCCAUGUGCCACUUUCAGGUCUCCUCACACUCCUGCUGGUUUCCAUUUUGUCAUAGGUUGCUGGCAGAUUACAGGCCUCCCAUAGGUGCUGCCCAGGCC